AUGCUCGUGAAUUCAGGCGGCGUCAACGCCAGACCUCACUCCGCUCGCUCGCCGUUCCCCCGCUUCCUCAAUGGCCGCCGUCACUCCGCAAUCCCGGACUUCCCCCGCUCUCUCCGCGCGAGGAGCUCCAAGUUCCGCUCCCUGUCGCUGCUGCUCCCGGUCGCCAGCUCCUCCAAGCCGUCGCCCGUCCGCGCCGCCGCGGGAGCUGAGGCCGGUGGCUCGGCGUCUCGUUCGAUGCUUCUCCCGGAUUCCCCGGGCCUUUCUCCGUCAAAAUCCCCGUCGGCGAUAGACACAACGAUUUUCCGCAGCAGGCGGACAAGUGGAGGUUUUUACAAACGAGAGGGAAGGACGAAAGAUCACGAGGUUCUUAUUUGUAGAUUGAUCGAUAGGCCUUUACGUCCAACAAUGCUGAAGGGCUUCUACCAUGAAACUCAAGUUUUAUCCUGGGUUUUGAGCUAUGAUGGGUUGCAUAGCCCUGAUAGUUUAGCAGUCACAGCAGCUGGAAUAGCAGUAGCUCUUUCAGAAGUGCCGAAUUCAAAGGCUAUUGCAGGAGUGCGGAUUGGCCUGGUAGGAGGUAAGUUCAUUGUCAACCCCACGACGAAGGAAAUGGAAGAAUCUGACUUGGACUUGCUGCUAGCUGGCACUGACAGUGCAAUAUUGAUGAUAGAGGGUUACUGCAAUUUCCUCUCGGAAGAGAAGUUGCUGCAAGCUGUUGAAGUUGGGCAGGAAGCUGUGCAAGCAAUUUGCAAAGAGGUGGAUGCUUUGGUCAAGAAGUGUGGGAAGCCCAAGAUGCUUGACGCGAUUAAAUUACCCCCUGCCGAGCUAUAUAAGCAUGUUGAAGAUAUUGCUGGGGAUGAAUUAUUAAAGGUGCUGCAGAUCAAGGGUAAAGUACCUAGAAGGAAGUCACUAUUGUCUUUGGAGGACGAGGUUCUGACUAUACUUACAGAAAAGGGAUAUAUCAGUAAAGAGGCAACUUUUGUUGCUGCUGAAACAAUUCCAGACAUGGAAGUGGAUGAAGAUGAGGAUGAAGAAGUUGUUGUAGAUGGAGAAAUUGAUGAAGGGGAUGUCCACAUAAAGCCAGUCUCACGAAAACCCACUCCUCUGUUUUUCUCCGAGGUUGAUGUGAAGCUGGUGUUUAAAGAAGUUACAUCUAAGUUCCUUCGGAGACGUAUAGUUGAGGGAGGAAAAAGGAGUGAUGGUCGAACCCCUGAUGAAAUAAGGCCAAUUAACUCAAGGUGUGGAUUGCUUCCUAGGGCACAUGGAAGUGCUCUUUUUACACGUGGCGAAACACAGGCAUUAGCAGUGGCUACCCUUGGUGAUAGGCAAAUGGCACAAAGGGUGGACAACCUUGUGGAUGACAAUGAAUUGAAGAGGUUCUACCUUCAGUAUUCAUUUCCUCCUUCAAGUGUUGGGGAAGUUGGGCGUAUGGGAGGUCCUAGCAGAAGAGAUAUAGGUCAUGGAAUGCUUGCUGAGAGAGCACUAGAACCUGUUUUGCCUUCCGAAGAUGACUUUCCUUACACCAUUCGUGUUGAGAGUACCAUCACUGAAAGCAACGGUUCUUCGAGCAUGGCAUCUGUUUGUGGGGGCUGCUUAGCUUUGCAAGAUGCUGGUGUUCCAGUUAAGAGCUCUAUUGCAGGGAUAGCAAUGGGGAUGGUGUUGGACACACAGGAAUUUGGUGGUGAUGGCACCCCUCUUAUUCUCUCUGACAUUACUGGCUCUGAAGAUGCAUCUGGAGACAUGGAUUUUAAGGUAGCUGGAAAUGAAGAUGGCAUAACUGCAUUUCAGAUGGACAUAAAGGUAGCGGGUAUUACAUUGCCCAUUAUGAGGAAUGCACUUCUACAAGCAAGGGAUGGUCGGAAGCGUAUUCUUGUGGAAAUGGCAAAGUGCUCACCUCCCCCUUCUGAAAGUCUUUCAAAGCAUGCUCCACUGAUUCAUGUGAUGAAGGUCAGACCAGAAAAAAUCAAUUUGAUCAUUGGUACUGGUGGGAAGAAAGUGAAAAGCAUCAUUGAAGAGACCGGAGUAGAGGCCAUUGAAACCCAAGAGGAUGGAGUAGUGAAAAUUACUGAAGACUUGUCUAGUAUAGAGAGGUCUAAAGCCAUAAUUGCUAAUCUGACAAUGGUGCCAACAAUUGGUGACAUAUAUAGGAACUGUGAGAUCAAAUCUAUUGCACCUUAUGGAGUUUUUGUUGAGAUAGCUCCAGGCAGGGAGGGUUUGUGCCAUAUCAGUGAGUUAAGUUCCAAUUGGCUCGCCAAGGCUGAAGACGCUUUUAAAGUUGGAGACCGUGUUGAUGUGAAACUUAUCGAGAUCAAUGACAAGGGACAGCUCCGCCUUAGUCGCCGCGCAUUACUUCCUGAUCCAGAUCCAAAGGAAUUUGGCACCCAGCAAACAGCUGGAGCUGCUGGAGAAGAAUCUGCUUCCGCACCAUCAACUGAUAAGGAUGCGGAUAUUGAACAAACUAAGGAUGAGGUCAGUGUUGCAAAGGUGACAGGUUCUACUAGAAGUAUCUCAACUGAGCAAACUAUCCAGCCACGAAAGAAAGCAAUUAAAAGAUUGGUAAGCCCUGCCAAAGAUAAAGCUUAUAUCAGCAAAGAAAGGCAAAAGAAGAAUAGCAGCAAAGCAGUUAGCAUCUCUGCCAACGAUGAAAGUACUUUAGUAAAUGGUGAGGCUAAAAUUGGAUAGAUCAACGUGUUCUUACUUUUGAGGAUGACAAAUUUGUUGGAGCAAAUGACAUGACAGCAGUGAUGAGGGUGAGCCUUCCCUUUGGAAGGUGUGAAAGGAACCAAUUUGUUAUGCACGUGUUUCCCCAAUGCUGGAUAGUCAAUUAUGCCUCUUGCAGAGAACUCCGCCACAUAGCAAGGAGACCCUUACAGUUAUUAUGCCAACAGUGUGCUCUUAGAACGACUCAGAGGCGACCGACAAAGUUGUAGCUUUCGCAGGAGACAGAGUCUUUUCUUUCUUUGGCCAACUUGUAAAUGUAUCCCCCAUCGAUUUUCCCUUGGCUUUUCAUGCUCAAGGUUCCAAAUUCCGCUUCGAGAAGCGCGGGUUUUUGAAGUGUCGGUCUGCUUACCAAUGCAAGGAUGAUUGAGUUUGUGGCAACACUCGUGCAGUU